GGAUAGGGUAAGUUCAUACCGGACGCCAUUUUGAAUCGGGAACGAGGCUGCAGACGGGCGCGAUGGCGAUCAACCGCAUUUCCUGCCAGGGAUGCCAUGAAGCAGACUGGGAUUCUGCUGCCCACUAUGGACCGGAGCUGGAAGUCCCAAGAAGCCUUGCUCAGAGUAGCAGGAAGAGGGAGCAGAGAAGACGAUGUUUGCUGGCCCAGGAAGCCCCCGAAACCCACUGUGGCCUCGGUGACUCAGUCUUAGCAGCACAAAAUCCCAGCUCGUCGCUGUGUGAGGAGGGCAGCCCCCAGCUGGCAGCAUUGCAUGACCACAGCGCCUACUGCAUCCCCGAGGAAGCGGCCUCCUUGAAGAACCUGGUGAUCCGAUCGAAAGAGACGGUUCAUUGCCAGAGCGAGCUGCUCCUCAGACUGGAAGGGGCUCUAGAAGCCAGCCGGAAAGAAUGCCAGGCGUUCCAGGAGAAGGCAGAAAAGAGUGAGGGAGAGCUGGACUCUUCUUGCCCGAGCUCCAGAGGCGACGUCUCCCAGCUCCGAAGCAGAGAACCCGGAACCUGCGCUGCGGCCAGGACCGAGAUUGGAGUCAGCGGGCGGCAGCUUCCCGCGAAGAGCUGGGCGCCAGUGGGGCUACUGUGCUUUUCUCCUGAGCAGGCAGCUGCUUGAGGGAGGGCAGGAGGAAGGCUCCAGGCCUACCGCCGGAGGGCUUUUCCCUAUGGGAGGCUGUGAAGGGAACAGCAGACAGUUGAGGUUCUACACUGGCUUUGACGAAUACUCGCGCUUCACAGCCUUCCUGGACUUCCUCCUGGACGGUGAUAGCCCGAGGCAGGAAGAGGGUCUGGAGCGCAGGAGCCACAGCGCCCUCACUCCUGACAACCAGGUCUUCUUGGUGCUUGUCCGGCUGCGGCUGGGGCUGCUCCUUCAAGACCUGGCCUUCCGCUUCCACAUCUCGGAGUCCACAGCCUCCCGCUACUGGCUCGGCUGGACAGAAUGCAUGGAGCGGAAGCUGAAACAGAUCCCAGUUGCUUGCAGCCAGCGCUACGUGGAAGCUUUCAAGCCACAGAGAGGCCGAUUCCAUCACACACAACGAUGCCCAUUGAGUAGCAGCCCUGGAUUGUACGCAGCUGCUGUUCGAAGCCCAGGGGAGGACAAGGAGCAAAGGAGAUGUCCUCUGGGGCCCAAGGAGCCGCUACUCCGUCCCUGGCUACGCUGUGGCUGCCCCCAGCGGCUACAUGACCUUUGGGUCGGGAGUCGACGAGGAGCUGGCGUCCCUGCCCCCGUUCCUGCAGGCGGGCCCUGUGCAGCUGUCGGCCCAGCAGGAAGGAACCAAAAGGCAGGUGCUGAGCUUCCGCAGCUUGACGGACAAAGCCCUCGGCUUCCGCUUCCUGCUUAGCGUCGUCCCACCCCUCAGAACGCCGGAGAGCCAGGUGGGCGAGACACCUGGACCAUUUCCUGUUACCUCGCCUGCCUGCUGCACGAACCCAUGGGGCUGGGCUAAGGGGAGGAGCUGCCGGGAUACUUCCCUCCCAUUGCACAGAACCUCCAUCAAGGAUUGCCAAGACUGAUACACCUCCGAAGACGCCAGCUACAGACGCAAGCGAAACGUUAGGAACGAGACCUACCAGACCAUGGCCAUGCAGCCCGGAAAACCCACCACAACCAAUUGCUAUGACUGUCCCCUGCCGUGGUGGAAUCUCUUCACCUCUGAGGCCUGUGUGGCUGGUGCUGCAUCACUGCCUUUUCUUUCGCUGCUACUUUCCUUGCCACGAACUGACAGGAACCUGACACCCCAAAUGCAGACUCACCCAGUCUCCCUGAAGGCCAAGAACUGGACCACACUUCCUUCUCAGCCGCUUACUCUAUAACACAGGUGUCAAACUC